GCACCUUGCCUAACCUGCCUUACUCGGUACCACUAAUCACAACUACCUUUGCAGUUCGCUCCUCGCCCGCGGACGGACGUCAUCCUUAGCUCCCAGGAUCGACAGAGCAACGCGCCUGGGCAUCAGCAUUUCAGCAGUCGACUGAAGCUGCAAUUCUACACUGUUACUUGGCCGCUCCGCUCGCAAACCGCUCGACACCCCUACAAAUACACGCAUCGCUAUAAUAGGAUUCACCAGCAAGAUGCCCGCCCCACCCAAGCAGAGGAAGAUGGCCAUUGUCGGCAGUCGAGCUGUCGGCAAGUCGAGUAUGACGGUGCAGUUCGUCGACGGCCACUUCGUUGACAGCUACUACCCGACCAUCGAGAACACGUUCAGCAAGAUGAUCAAGUGGAAGAACCAGGACUUUGCAACGGAGAUCAUCGACACCGCUGGCCAGGAUGAGUACAGCAUUCUUAACUCGAAGCACUUCAUCGGCAUCCACGGCUACAUGAUCGUCUACUCGGUCGCAAGCAAGCAGAGCUUCGAGAUGGCGCGCAUCAUCCGUGACAAAAUCCUCAACCACCUCGCCGUCGAGUGGGUCCCCCUCGUCAUCGUUGGCAACAAGUCCGAUCUCCGUCCCGAGCAGCGCCAGGUCACCCCCGAGGACGGCAAGCAACUCGCGCAGGAGUUCAAGUGCGGCUGGACAGAGGCCAGUGCGCGGUACAACGAGAACGUCGAGAAGGCGUUCCAGCUCUUGAUCGAGCAGGUGGAGACGAGCCAGAACCCUGGCGAGCCCACUGGUGGCAAGAGUGGGUGUCAGGUCAUGUAAAGCCCAUGACUGACAGUACUCUCCUCUAGGUCCCGAGAAGGAGAAGAAGCAGAAGGGCUGGAAGGAACAUGUGCCGGGAGGCUGCACAUGUUCAUGAACGACGACGUCGAUGGUGUAGACGGUGUAGAUGGUGACGGGCUGGGCUGCUGCAAAUGCGUUUGGCAGUUUCUCUUCGCAGAGGCAUAAUGGCGUAACGGUGUUUGAGCGGGGCGCAAUGGGUUUAUUCGGUGCUCAGUUCUCAAUGUCUCAGGCUCUACGACACCGCAGAGAUUAGUUCUAUUGACUGCAAAGGUCGUGAGGUUCACACGCACUUUACACAUGUCACUGCCCACUCCAGCCAC